AUGUCUUCACCUUCUACUUCUAAUCCUCCUCCUCUUCCUUCGAAUGUAGGUAGUGUUGAUCUUGAAUCUGUUCUCAAUGUUCGUCGUCGAACAUUAACAUCAAUUGGUGAAAAAAGUCUAUCUCCUCAACAACAAUAUCGAUAUACAGAUACAAUUUAUGUUAAACGUGAAGAUGAGUCAAAUUCAGCUUAUUCAAUUGAUUCGAAAAUACUUAUUUUUGGUGAAUUACAUUUUUUGUGUGGUAUAUUUGAACGUUAUACAUCAAAUAUAACUGUUUAUGAUGAUUCAAUAGAACCAAAUUUUAAUCUAACAAAUUUUUCAACUACAGCCGAAGAAAAUGAAGAUGCUGACACAUCGGAAAUGGAUUCGAAACUUCGUCGUACUUCAAUAUCUUCUCAAUCACCAUCAACAACACCGAAAACAUCAAAUAGUCCAGUAACAAGACGUAGAAGAUUAAGUGUAAUUGGACGUUCUCAAACAGUUGGUUCAGCACCAACUAAUUAUUCUUCUCAAAAUCUUGAAGGUAAACGUUAUGGUUGUAUUGAAAUAUCCAAUAUGAGUAUUAUUGAAAUUUUGGAAAUACUUUUACGUAAUGGUUUAGAAUUAGUUAGUGAAGAAAGUGAUUAUAAUAGUGAAAAUAUUCUUCAUCAAAGUUUUGUUUUUUCAAAAAUUCGUCAAAUAUUACAAAAACCCACUCCAGUAUACAAUUCAAGAUCAUCAUCAUUUAUUGGCACUUAG